CCUAAUGCAGCAUAGAAAAUAAAAGUGCUUGGGGCCAGCUACCUGAAUGUAUAAGGGAAAUAAUCAAAAGACCUGACUAAGCAAGGGCAAGUGGGAAGAAUUUGAAUUAUUCUUUUCAGAACUAUCCCCACAUUCAAAAACAAGAAAGUCUAUAUUUUUGAUAGGGAAAGGCCAAAAAUUAGUUUACACUUUCUUAAAGUUAACCUUAAUUUGGACUCUGUGGAUCGAGUGGUCGCUCGGAAUUUUUUGUAUAGAAGCAAGUAUUUUCUGCUGAGGGACUCAAGCCGAGAGGGACUGAACUACAAUGACUCCUUACCGAGUCCCCUUACUUUGUGCGGUGGGAUGUAUAACUUUAUUUGUUAUUAGUGGAGCGAACACUACAUCCCCAACCCUCAGUGCGACUCCUACAGGAACCAGUGCCACAGGUUUUACAACAGAGACUUCAAUAACAAAUACUUCCAAUAGUAGAGCUACUAACACCGUGCCUUCCAAUACAAACCCCACAGGAUCCACAUCCAGCAGUCAAGCUGCCACAGAUGGAAGUAGUGCCGUCACCAACAGUACCACACAAAAGACAGUACCAAACACAGGGACACCUGUAAUUUCAACUACAACGGAAACAAAUACAGGAAAUCCAGCAACUACCCGCAUUGUUACAACUAUUCCAGUUACCAAUGUUUCUAGUGGCAACACAAAUGCCAUUAGUCAGACACCUUCAGCAAACCCCCCUGCCAAUACAGGCCUCUCCACUAGCAAUAACGCAACCACUUUAACCCUUAGCACAUUGACUAACAUGACUAAUUCACCCUCAGUUACCCCUACAGCAUACUCAGUCACAUCAGCACCUUUUGUUACAAACACAAUUGGUUCUUCUAAUUCUUCAACAAAUACCCAAUCGACAACACAAGUGCAAAGCACAGCAACUUAUAGUUUUACAACAAAGACUACAGUGAAUACCUCUAGUAAUCCAAACAAUAGCCCUCCUACUACAGAAACAUCAAGUUCUGCAAGUUCCAUAUUUACCACAGGAAAUGCCAGUAAUUCUUCAGUCAACAGUCAGGCUACAACAGAGAUCUCCCGCGCUACAUCAGCCAUAACUAGUACAGUAAACAGUACCUCCUCUUCAAAUGGCAGUCAGUUUACUACAGGAGCAGUCAGCACUGCAACUCCAAUAAUUACUGGAAGUACCAGCAACCAGUCUUCAACAACGAUACACAAUUUUGCAACUUCUACUGUCACAGGAAACAGCACCAACUCUUCAGGUACUGCACAGUCUAUAACUGAAAUAUCUACAACUCUAGUAGUAACUGAUGGGAAUACUACUAACUCCAGCCAGUCUAUAUCAGAAAUAUCCAGAACCACAACUCAACCACUUACUGUUUGGAGCACAACUAACUCUUCCAACAACAGCCAGCCUACAACAAAAGUUGCCAGCACUGCAUCUCCCAUAAUUAGUACAGGAAAUAUAAGCAGCACUACUAGCUCUUCUAGCAGCCCACUGAUGCCAACAACUGCUAACAACGUGAACAAUGGGACUACCACCAACAACACUAAUGUUUCUUCUACUUUAGCCACUACUGCUGACACCAAAACCAUGAUGACCACAAAUUCAACAGAUGUGACAAACACAAGUAGUACUUCAGCCCAAAAUGGAACUAACUUCACAACAACAACAUUUGUACCACCUGGCCAAUCACAGACAACUACAACAACCACAACUAGUUCCAGUGUGGCUUCCAAAUCAAGCUUUGAUGUUUCAUUUAGGAUUACUAAUCAUAAUUAUACAGAUAAACUAGCAGACCUUGCCUCUCCUGAAGCCAUGAGUUUGACUAACCAGAUUCAAGACAUGUUUCGAAACGUUUAUACUUGUGACAAUUGUCCUACUAAGACAUCUUACAAUGGAGCAAAAGUAAACAAAUACAGUCAAGGCUCUGUAGUAGUACAGUCAACUACAUUCUUCACCUCAUCUACAGUAGCACCUGAAACUGUUCAGGCUUUGAUGUUGGCCGCAGAUCAAGGCGACCUCAAAAUUGAUAGAAAUUCUAUCACUGUAACUCAAGUUCAAAGUCCAUCCACUAACUUUGUUCCAGACUGGGGUAUUGCAUUGCUGGUGCUUGUUGGUGUCAUUCUCUUCAUCCUUUUAGUUACUGUGGUCUUACUGAUAAUUUACUUGUGUCGCCGGAAAAAACAUGGAGACAUGGAGGUAUUUGCUCCUCGUGGAUCCUACAGUCAGAUGAAUGACAGGCAUGAUUAUCCAUUGUAUUCCACUCAUAGCCGAUUUGCAGCUCCCAAUGGAAAAUACUCUGGCAAAAGUGAGAAUAAUAUGGCAUUCUGGCAUUCAGGAGAAUCAGCCUGAUACACCCUACUGCAUCACAGUGAACACCUCAGGGAAAUGGGAACCUCUACUCUUUUACAAACCAUGCCAUGGAGACAGACAAUUUGUGAAACUGAAAGACACAGAUAAUCUCCACAAAGAACCUCAGACUGUAUCUUUCUUUUGCUCAAUUCUCAGAUGGAUACCUUAAUGAGCUUAUAUGCUUUACUGAUCUACUGACACUGUUACUUGAUGAAGAUGAAGGCGUGUUUGUUGUUUUGUAACUAAAGCUUAUUUCAGUUUAACUUGGCCACUACUGAUUAGUAACACACUUCCACUAUAACCUUGGAGUUGUUGACAACUCUUGAUGGAAAAAAUGUUUAUUAAGCAAAUUAAUGAGUGGAUUAAUAAGCAUUGCCUGUCAGUGAGUCAUGCCUGCAAAAGCUACCCUACGGCCUACGGUGAAACCUUCUGUAAGCUGUUGUGAAGAAGUAUAUACAUGGUGGUGAUGAGGGAACUGUACUAUUUGUUGCUGUGACAGUUUGAUAACUAUACUGGGAGAAAAUGGUGCCAUUUGCUUUGGGCACCUGUUGUGCAUAUCCCAAGCUUAACACCAAGUACAUAGGACCUUGAAAUUUUAAUCCUGGUGAAAUAUGUAUGUGUAUGGCAUAAUGGGUUUGGUAAUAUUUAAGCAUUAUUUGAGCAUUUUCUGGUAUGAAUAGUGUAAUUGUUGUCCAGUUGUAUUCACACCCUUUCAAGUGAUGUUCUUCAAAGACCAAAUAUUUUUACAUUUUUAAGUUAUAUAUUUCACUUUAUUAAAACUAGAUUGCACAAAAUAAAGCAGGAAUGCAGUAUGAAGAAUAUUGCAGUAUUAAUGGAUCGACGACUUUCUAGAAAACCAGCAUGUACCAUUGUAGACAGACUGUAGUCUCUCUAAUCAUUUUGCUACAGUACUUGAUGAGUGCAUUACCUUCAGUAUAACAUAUAUUGUUCUUGUCUUUCUCAUUCAGUGAGCUAAAGUUAAGGAGACAAUGCUUGCUAAAAGGGGCCUUAUUCCCUUCCCUGGAGGGGUACUGUGUCUGCUGUAUUAAACUUCUCAGCUAAUGUUACCUAAAUAUACUUGACUUCUUUGCCCUUCAGAAAAAGGGAUCACUUGCACUAAAUCCAUCCACUGUCUCUAUAUAACUUUACUAGCAACGAUGGUUUAUGUCACAGUAUAUCCCAGAGCAUUUGGAUAUGAAGUCAUGUGUGUUCACUGGUCAUUAAACUGAAAUGCUCUAAGA